AUGAGCCAAAGGUUCGUAACGGCCUAUGCCCGAUAUAAGGACAUAUUUGAGAAUAAUAAGAAUGUGCUGUCUUUCACAGCAACUGCUCUUUCUUGUGUGGCUGCCUAUUUGGGUUAUCUAUCACGAUUGAGGCAUCAACAAAAACUUGAGGAACAACUCCGAGAAUUAAAUCAAACACUUUCAAAAGAACAACAAGCAACAGGUGUGGAAUUACUGAAAAAGAAAACAUCAGAUGCAUCCAUGAUUGCAUUGUUUAUGGUCAGCUCAGCGUUAUUGGGCUAUUCCAUCGGGAGGUUUCAUGGUAGAAGGUCUGCCAUCAAACGAUUUGUGACUCUCACGACAAAUCCCGAAGUAACACCUGCAGUUUCUUCUGCUGCUGGUACAACAACAUCAUCUUCAUUGUCAUCAGCAGCGAGCAGUAGUGGAAUUGCUGCAGCAACAUUGAAUUUGGGUCAAAAAGAAGAAUUUGCCCAAGAAGAACCCCCAAAAUCAACGUCGUCACUGGACAACACUGAAUCGAGUUCAAAAUCUUCCUCCUUUUUCAAAUUUUAA